UCCAACUGCCUAAUGACACCCGGGACGAAAAGCCUUCCGAUUCUGCAAUGGCCAGGAAAGAUUCGGUGUGGUCCUGUGGAGAAGCAGCUACAGAGGAGCUGGCUAAACUUGACGAUUCAACACGGUCAACUCUAUUCAUCGAGAAGCCUCAGAGUGGGACUGUCACCGUUGGUGGGGAUAUUACCUUUGUGGCAAAGAUUGAAGCCAAGGACUUACUGCGAAAGCCAAAUGCCAAAUGGUUCAAGGGGAAAUGGCUGGAUCUUGCAAGCAAGGCAGGGAAACAUCUGCAGCUGAAGGAAUCCUUUGACAGAAUCACCAGGGUUCACACCUUUGAGAUGCAAAUUAUCAAAGCAAAGGAGAAUUAUACUGGUAACUAUCGCUGUGAAGUGACAUGGAAGGACAAAUUUGAUAGUUGCACUUUUGACCUGGAAGUCAUAGAGGCCCCGGAGGUUCAGCAGAUUGAUAUUCGUGCUGCCUUUAAACGCAGUGGCGGUGAUGGUCAAGACGAUGCAGGAGAACUUGAUUUCAGUGGAUUGCUAAAACGCCGGGAAAUGAAGGAAGAAAGCAGGGAACCUGAAGUUGAUGUUUGGGAGCUCCUAAAAAAUGCUCAACCACACGAGUAUGAAAAGAUAGCCUUUGAAUAUGGAAUCACUGACCUCAGGGGUUUGCUGAAACGCUUGAAGAGGAUAAAGAGGGAAGAGAAAAAAAGUGCUGCUUUUGCGAAGAUUCUGGAACCUGGGUACCAAGUGGAGAAAGGUGACAAGAUAAGGUUUGUUGUGGAUUUGGCAGACCCAACCGUUGACCUAAAAUGGUAUCGCAAUGGUCAAGAAAUCCGGCCAAGUCCCAAAUAUAUCUUUGAACACAAGGGGACGUUGCGUAUGUUGACAAUCAAAAACUGCACUAUGGCAGAUGAUGCAGCUUACCAGGUAACAGCUGGGGAUGAGAAGUGUACGACAGAAUUGUUUGUUAAAGAGCCUCCUGUUACAAUCACUCGCGAGCUAGAAAAUCGGGAUGAGUUGGUUGGCGAGAGAGUGGAAUUGGAAUGCGAAGUGUCAGAAGAAAACGCACAAGUGAAAUGGUAUAAAAAUGGGAUUGAACUUGGUGCUUCACCCAAGCAUCGUUUUAGGACUGAUGGAAAGAAACAUUGGCUUAUCAUCCCAGAAGCAUCCAAGGCUGACUCCGGAACGUACUCAGUGAAGACUACCGGAGGGCAGUCUACAGCAGUGCUGAAAGUUGAUAUGAAACCUCUGAAGAUAAUGCAGAAUCUUACUGACCAAGUCGUCCGAGCUGGCCAACAGGCAGUGUUUGAGUGCGAAUUGUCAGAAGCAAACGUGGGUGGAAAGUGGUACAAGAAUGGUCAACUGAUCCACCCAAGUGAACACGUAAAGAUAACUCACAGGAAAAAAGUACACAAGUUGUUGGUGGAAAAGGUGGUUAUGGAUGAUGACGGAGAUUACACUUUCAUCCCGGAAGGCUACUCAAUGCAAUUGGGAGCUAAACUGCGCAUGAUUGAUUCUCCCAAAAUCCACCUUGAUCAUCUUUCCAAGACACCUGAAAUUGUGGUUGUGGCUGGAAACAAACUGCGGCUGGAUAUUCCUAUCACUGGGGAACCAGCGCCAAAAGUUGUAUGGAUGAAAGGUGAAAAAGCAAUUAUGGAUACGGGGACCCGGGUGAGAGCUGAAUCAUUCUCUGAUCACACCGCAUUAACCAUUGAGACAGCCGAGAAAGAGGAUUCUGGACCAUACAAGAUUGUGUUACAAAAUGAAGCUGGGGAGGACAGCGCUCAGUUGCAAAUAAAGGUAGUCGAUGUCCCAGAUCAACCUGCACCACCGGAAGUUACUGAAAUUGGAGGCGACUGGUGUACAAUGGUGUGGAAUCCUCCCGUCUACGAUGGAAGCUCCCCAAUUUUAGGUUAUGUCAUUGAGAGAAAAAAGAAGCAAAGCUCUCGAUGGAUGAGACUCAACUUUGACCUUUGCAAAGAAUUGACCUUUGAACCCAAGAACAUGAUUGAAGGGGUUCCCUAUGAAGUCCGCGUGUUUGCUGUCAAUGCCAUUGGAAUGUCUAAACCCAGUGAGCCAUCAAAGGCUUUCAUCCCCCUUGCACCAACCAGCGAACCCACGCUCCUCGCUUGUGAUGGCGUGACAGACACCAGCGUAUCACUCAAGUGGCGCCCUCCUGAGCGUAUUGGAGCAGCGGGGCUGGACGGCUACCGAAUCGAGUAUUGCCUUGAAGGAACAAACGAGUGGAUUGUGUCGAAUGCCGAGCUGACCGAUAAAACCAAAUACACCGUGAAUGGCCUCCCAACUGGGGAGAAAAUCUACGUGAGGGUCAAGGCUGUGAACGUGGCUGGCGAAAGCGCUCCCAUCAAUAUAACAACGGCUAUUCUUGUCAAAGAAGUUGUGGAACCCCCGAAGAUCCGUCUUCCUCGGCAGCUGAAACAAACAUACAUUCGCAAAGUUGGGGAGCAGCUGAAUCUCUUGAUCCCUUUCCAGGGUAAGCCUAGGCCAAAGGUUAACUGGGCAAAGGAUGGAGAACCGUUGGAUUCAAAGACAGUCAACAUCCGCAACACGGAAACAGACACGGUGAUCUUCAUCCGCAAAACUGAGCGCAAGCACUCAGGCAACUACGAGCUAACCGUCCAAGUGGAGAAGAUUCAGGACACAGCCACAAUAAUCAUUCAAAUAGUUGAGAAACCUGGUCCACCAGCGAUUGUGAAAAUUGCCGAAAUUUGGGACACUAAUGUAGCUUUGGAGUGGAUACCACCAAAGGACAAUGGGAAUGCCGCUAUUACAGGAUACACGCUUCAAAAAGCUGAUAAAAAGACCAUGGAUUGGUACACAGUGAUCGAACACUACCACAGAAACAACUGCGUCGUGUCUGACCUCAUCAUCGGAAACGAGUAUUACUUCAGAGUCUUCUCGGAGAAUAUGUGUGGACUGAGUGAUGACGCCACAGUAACAAAAGACAGUGCCUUGAUUCAGAAGGAGGGUUUGGCGUUAAAACCUCCCAAGUACAAUGACUUUGAUUUUCAGGAAGUGCCAAAGUUUACCCACCCUCUGAUCAACACUGUGGCAGUGGCUGGAUACAAUGCAACCUUGAACUGCAGUGUCAGAGGCAACCCCAAGCCUAAAAUCUGUUGGAUGAAGAACAGGAUGAUAAUCGAGAAUGACCCUCGAUAUCGGAUGUUCUCCAACCAGGGGGUCUGUACUCUGGAGAUUCGCAAACCCAGUCCGUAUGAUGGUGGGCUGUACAGUUGUAGAGCAGUCAAUGCUCUUGGUGAGGACGAGGUGGAGUGUAAAAUGGAAGUCAAAGUUGCGCAGUAAGGAUUUGUGAUUUAUAUAUGUUCAUCCAGGUGGCUUUCCAUUGCAGGAACUUUUGAUGCAGGGAGUGCCUCUGAAUAUCAUAGACUCAUACAGGGACUCGAAGAAAAUUCUACCCCGAAAAUAAG